GCGGAGUUGAUGGUGAUGGACAAGUCCGCUUUCCUGCACUUCGUGGACGACAAGAUGAAGCAGCACCUGGAGGAGCGCAUCGCGCUGCAGAACACAAACGUCGCGUUCGGCGACCUGCGCGUGCUCAGAGAGGUUGGCCGUGGCACCUUCGGAGUCGUCAAGCUCGUGGAGCACAAGUUGGACAAGACGCAGUACGCCCUAAAGUGCAUCGACAAGGCGUUGGCGGUACAGAGGAGGCAGCAGGAGAACCUGAGGCUGGAGCGCGAGAUCCUCCUCGAGAACCGGACCAUCCUUUCAUUGUCAAGGUCGUCAAGACGUUCAAGGACAAGUCCUUCCUUUAUUUCCUCACGGAGUACGCCAGCGGUGGGGAGCUGUAUACCACCAUCCGGCAGAUAGGCCUGCUUGCCCGGCAGCAGGCGGCCUUCUACAUCGGUUGCCUCGUCCUCGCACUCGAGUCGCUGCACGACCGCGGCGUCGUCUUCCGGGACCUGAAGCCCGAGAACGUGCUUCUCGACCACCACGGCUACACGAAGCUCAUCGACUUCGGUUGCGCCAAGAAGGUGCACGGGCACGCCUGCCAGACGCUGGUGGGCACGCCGCAUUACAUGGCUCCGCGAUGCCUCACGUGCGACGUGUGGUCGUUGGGUGUCUGCGCGUAUGAGUUCCUCUGCGGGCCGCUGCCGUUCGGCAACGACCUCGACGAGCCGAAGGAGAUUUGGCGCGAGAUCCUGACUGCGAAGCUGAGGAUCCCGCGGGAGCGGGUCGACGCACCGAGCGCCGACCUCAUGAAGCAGUUCUUGCGGCGGCCCGUGGAGACGCGGUUGGGCUGCAGCCUUUCGGGCUGGAAGAAGGUGCGUACCCACGUGUUCUUCCACGACUUCAGUUUCGAUCAGCUCCUCAGCAGGCAGCUCAUCCCGCCGCUGGUGAUGCCCCCGCCCGCCGAGCAGGCCGACCUGGCGGGCCUGGCGGAGGAGGCCGGCGAGCCGCCGCAGAGCGGCGCCUCGGGCUCCGGGCUGAGCGACUCCUCCGCCUCGGGGCUGACGGACGUCUCCUCGCAGUCGGAGGACGAGGUCAAGCCGGCGGUGCCCCGCGUCAACACCCGCCUGACGCGCCGGCGGUCACUCGCCCCAGAGUGGGACAGGGACUUCUGA